AUGGCUUUGAGAACUACUGCUGUUCUUCGUAGCAGCCUCAGCAAAUGGGCAUAUAACCUAUCUGGAUUUAACAAAUACGGUCUUCAACGCGAUGACUGCUUAUAUGAGGAUGAAGAUGUAAAGGAAGCAUUACGCAGACUUCCUGCUCAUGUAAUAGAUGAGCGCAAUUUCAGAAUGGUUCGUGCUAUGCAACUCUCUAUUCAGAAGAUAAUUCUACCUAAAGAAGAAUGGACCAAAUAUGAGGAGGAUAAACUUUAUCUUACACCAAUUGUUGAACAAGUGAAGAAGGAAAGGCAGGAACGUGAACAGUGGGAAAAAGAAUAC